GUCACGCAGUCUCUCUCCCUCCUCGGGGAGGAACUGCCGCGCUCCGGCUGAGUCCUCCGCCGGCCGGCGGGAGGGGCUGCGAGGGGGCUCGGCGCGCAGAGCCGGACCCGGACCCGGACCCGAGGCCGCCCGCCCGCAGGGGGGACUGAGCCCCCGCCCCCGCCCCCGCCGGCUCCCGCCACGCUCGCUCCAGACAAAACCCCCAUUCAGAUCGGCUGCGAUCGGCCCGGAGGAGGCUGAGCCCCCGGCCCGGAGCUCGCCGCCCACGGCCCCGCACGGUGGGCCCGAUGAGCCAGGUGCUGGGGAAGCCGCAGCUGGAAGACGGGGACGACGACGAGGAGGAUGAGCUGGUGGGGCUGGCGGACUACGGGGACGGGCCCGACUCCUCGGAUGCCGACCCGGACAGCGGGGCGGAGGAGGGAGUCCUGGACUUCAGCGAUCCCUUCAGCACCGAGGUGAAGCCCCGGAUCCUGCUCAUGGGCCUGCGGAGAAGCGGCAAGUCAUCGAUUCAGAAAGUCGUCUUUCACAAGAUGUCCCCCAACGAGACACUGUUCUUGGAGAGCACCAACAAGAUCUGCCGGGAGGAUGUUUCCAACAGCUCCUUCGUGAAUUUUCAGAUCUGGGACUUCCCAGGACAGAUUGACUUUUUUGACCCUACCUUUGACUAUGAGAUGAUCUUCCGGGGAACAGGAGCCCUGAUAUUUGUCAUAGACUCCCAGGACGAUUACAUGGAAGCGCUGGCCCGGCUGCACCUCACCGUGACCCGGGCCUACAAAGUGAACACCGACAUCAACUUCGAGGUGUUCAUUCACAAAGUGGACGGCCUGUCCGAUGACCACAAAAUUGAAACCCAAAGAGAUAUUCAUCAGAGGGCAAAUGAUGACCUCGCCGAUGCUGGAUUAGAAAAAAUUCACCUCAGCUUUUAUCUGACAAGCAUAUAUGACCAUUCAAUAUUUGAAGCUUUUAGCAAAGUGGUUCAGAAACUAAUUCCACAACUCCCCACCCUGGAGAACUUGCUAAACAUCUUUAUCUCUAAUUCUGGAAUUGAAAAGGCAUUUCUAUUUGAUGUGGUCAGUAAAAUUUAUAUCGCAACUGAUAGCACCCCAGUAGAUAUGCAAACCUAUGAGCUCUGCUGUGAUAUGAUUGAUGUGGUGAUUGACAUCUCCUGUAUUUAUGGUCUCAAAGAAGACGGAGCAGGAACCCCCUAUGACAAGGAAUCAACAGCCAUUAUAAAGCUGAAUAAUACCACAGUUCUUUAUUUAAAAGAGGUGACAAAGUUCCUGGCUCUGGUUUGCUUUGUCAGAGAGGAAAGCUUUGAAAGAAAAGGGCUCAUUGACUAUAAUUUUCAUUGCUUCCGGAAGGCCAUCCAUGAAGUUUUUGAGGUGAGAAUGAAAGUGGUGAAAUCGAGAAAGGUUCAGAAUCAACUGCAGAAGAAAAAAGGAACCACCCCCAAUGGGACCCCUCGAGUGCUGCUGUAAGUGAGGUUUCAGGAACAUCUUUUGAAAUCAAACCUUUCAUUGAGGCUGCUGCACUGUGUUGCACGAAAGAAGGAGGAAGAAGGAGAUUGGGACACGUAACAUAAAUUUGUUGUAAAAAAAAAAAAAAAUCCCCUGACGCUUUUGAUCUUUUCUUUUUUAAAUAAAGCAAGCACUUUGAAGCAAAAACUUGUAUACUAAUAAUGAAGUUAAAUCCACUGUAAUUUCAUGACAUAAAUGUACACUUUUAUGGUCUGUCGUCAGAAAAAUCCUGUGUGAGAACUGCCAGGAACUGUAUAUAUUUUGCACUUUUUCAUUGAACUAAACUUUGAUAAAACAACUUUUCUAAGCUUUUUCUGUACUUGGUGUGAAGGACAUGCAUACUGUAGCUCUUUAGCUAUGGCAAUCAGAAAUUAACAAGAAAGUAAUGCAUUAGCGAUGACUUUUUAUAAACUUGGGAAUAUUUGCUACCAGUUGUUGAAGGGAAAAAAAAAUCAUUUUUCAGUGGAGAUGGUACAGAUUGGGGCAGCAAGCUAUAGGAGCAAUAAGAACUGUCCCUUCUUUAUAACUAAUGUAAACAGGAAUUUUGAUGAAUAACAUUAGCACCAAACUUACCUAAAACUUUCUAUAGCUGUGGCAGUGCUUCCUGACUCAACAGUUUUUACAAAGCUCUUUACCUCAACACACAUCUCUAUAAUCAUUUUAUACAGAGAGGUGGGUUUUUGUUUUUGUUUUUUGCUGUAUUACUGUUCUUUAGUACCUUUGGGACCAGAUUUCCAAAAUGGUGCCGAUCACUGGGGACAAAAAAGGAAUGUCAUUGAAUUUGCUGGGACUCUGGAGCCUUUUUGUACCUGCCACCCAGGCUAGAGUGACAUCAGAGGACACGUGGUUUCCCAAAUGUAGGUGAUUGACAACUGCAAAUAUAAAAAUAAAUAAUACAACUCCGUAUGUUUGGCCCCUGCGAGAUGGGCCUGUUAUUGUGCAACAUUUGAAAUGUUUAUUUAGGACCAGCUAUUUUUAUUGCUCCAUGAUCACAGAGAAUGUCUUGGAUCUCUGCCAUAGAGUGGACUCCUGUUGGGCACAUUGGUCACCUCUGUAAUUUGUGAACAUUACUCACAGUAUCCCUCAUAGACUCUGCCUGCUCCCAUCUUAUGGCUGAACUAGAGCUCAGCUUGCCAGCAGUAUGCCUGCACAGCUGAAAAGCCCUGGAGAUCAGGAGGAAGGGGCUGGCCAGAGGAGACAUUACAGUUAGCUAUGUAUUUGUUUCUGUGAAAUUCUCACUUACGUUUACUUUAGACUAAUAGCAAGUUAAGAGGUUCCUAAACCUUCCCUACCCCACACCUCAAACCAUUCCAAGUAGAUAAUUCUAGGUCCAUCCCAAGGGCUGGUGCAUAAGGCAUGCUUGUGGGUAUUAGAAGACACUAUUCUUUUCUUUUAGCAGAGGCUCGUAGGGAUAUCAAAGCUGCUCCUAGCAAAAUGUACCAAGUUCCUAGAGCAACUUGUGCUUGAAAUUAUCCCACUUCUACCUGUGACUUCUUUCUGUCCUCUCUCCUUCCUCUCCUCAAGUCCUGUUCCUUUGAGGCUGGUAGCUACUGCUUAAAAUGGUAGCUGUUUGGGUUUCAGGUAUGAGCCCUCCCAAGAGGCUGUGCAUUUUGGAAGAAAAUUUCUAAAAAUCACGAAGGAGCGCCAACUCCCUUCCUCAUAAAUUUUGCUCUAGAAACCUGGGUGAGUAGUAUCCCGGAGUUCUGAGGAAGUGUUUUCUCCAAUUUCCAGACCUAUAUCCUGUUGGACCUUUGCCAACAGGCCUGGCAUACUAUAGAUGGGUUAUUCUUAUAAAUCUAAUUCUCUCAUUUUUAUAAUGUUUCUUUUUGAGUAAACAACAAAGAAUUGCUUUUCUAAUGUGACUUUAUCCUCAAGACAGAGACAUUUGCCUAUCUGACAAAUCACACAUUACUUAGGUAUAUACGUGUAUUAUUGUAACCAAGAGGAGCUUCCAUUUUUGAGCUGGAUAUAUGAUGUUUU